CUGGUGCUGUCACAUUCUGGUCGUCCUUGUCCAGUCCCUACUGCACUGUGCCUGGAGGACGUUGCUGCAGGACCCUGGGGAGCAGUGGGGAGCUUGGGCUCCCAAGCGUCCCUCGAAGGACUUGUCUGCCCAGACUCCCUAAGAGAAUGUGGAAUUGGCCGGGCAUGGUGGCGCACACCUGUAAUGCCAGAGCUCCAAAGGCUGAGGCAGGAGGAUUGCUGUGAGCUCCAAGCCAGUUUGAGCUACAUAGUUAGACCCUGUGGGGGGAGAGACAGAGACAGAGAAAGGCCCUUUCUAUACAAGGAUCAGCAUCAGUGUUGUUUUACGAGACGUCAGUCCCUUAACCUGAACUUCAUCUACCCUUCCGGCCUCCUUGCUGUGUGCCAGAGCCCGGGGGACCUGCCUCGCCGCGGCCUGUACACCAAUAUAUUCAGCGACCUGCCCAGCCAGCCUGUCCUGGGGACCUUCACACCCUUUGGCUGUGGCAGCAUCUCUUCUCAAAGGCAGAUCCUCUGCAUGAUGUUUAACCCGUACGGAGGCAUGGUGAUCAACAGCAGUGGACGCGUGGUCAGGGAGUGGAUGUGGCCUGCGAAGGGGAAACUUGAUGACCCCGUGGAAAUUGGGGUAAACAGUUUCAUGACGGUGAAGAUUUCGGGGCGCUUUGCCAUUACCUUGGUCUACAGAUGCCAUCCCCAAAGCCUGAAGCUGGCGUUAGCACCCAAAAAACAUGAGCCUGGGUCUGCAGGUCUGCCUGGUGUGCCACUCCCUGCCAUCAACCCAGCUGUCACAGCUGCCCCUGGAACCAGGGACUCCACUGGAGACUGCAAGAUGAGCUGGCGACUGGCCUUCACCGCCCAGAACAGAGAUGCCACAAGUGCGGUGGACCCAAGAGACACAGACGCACUGGAUCCAGCCCCGGAUGUCAGCCCGCUGCGGGACGUGGUGACCGCGGGCAAGCUCCAUGCGCUUCAGAAGAAGGCGCAGCGGCUGCUGCUGGGCUGGAAGAACUGCUACCUCAGCGCGCUGGGGACAGAUGUGCUGCCUCCGCCACUGCCCACUCAGAGCCAGGCUGCCGGGGCAGGACAUGGGGCUCACGAGGCCCUGCAGCACUGCGGCUCCUCCUGUGUACCAAGGGGCGCCCAAAGGCCACGGUGCCGCCUCCUGGGAACCAAGACCAGGUCCAGGACCAAGAUGCCAGCCACGACUGCACCACGGUGCCCACGGCCUCUUCCCAUGGACAGCAGGGCCGUGUGGCUUGUGCCUCAGCUGCUAUGUCCCGUGGUCCUGAGGAGGACGCUGCGGGGACAGCGGGGGGACAUCUGUAGGUGCAGCACCCACCACAUCCCGGAGGUGACAGACCUGGAGUACGACUCCCUCAUCCUGGACCAGUUGUGCUCCUCGGAGCAGACCAUCGUCAUCUACGUGUCCUCCGCCGAGGACAAGGACUGGACCAAGAGUGGGCUGGCCCAGGUGUACCGGGGGCUGAACAGGUCUCGAACCAUGCCGUGCAUCCAGAGCCACCUGGACACCUUCCGCCUGCUCACAUACAACCUCACGUCUGCGGCGAAGCUGAUGGGCAGUGACUGUCCGCUCCUGGUUCGGAGGCACAGCGUUGUCCCGGGGAUUUUCCUGAUGUACAUCCGAGGCAAAUUACUAUUUGCCAACUUUAUUUUCAAUGGCUACAGUACAUCUGCUAGAGAUCUUCAAAAGCAAAUCAUGAAGACGAGAAACGAUUACCUCAUGGGCUACUUCCUCCCAAGGGACUUCAGAAUUCGGUAUGGACGCUGCACAUGGCCUGCCUUCUCUCUUUACUUUUACUCACUUGUUUCUGUUUUGUUUUGUUUUUUGACUCACUCUGUAGCCCAGGCUGACCUCAAACUUGCGGCGAUCCUCCUCCUUCUGCCUCCCGAGUGCUGCACCCCGCACCUAGCUUUCACUGUAGUAAGAAAAUGUCCUUGAGGGCCAAGUUUUGCAAUGUGCCCUUCUGGAUAUUUACGUCCAGCAUCAGAUCUUUUCUGCAAAGGGGUGGCCUUCCCUUUGGCCAGGACUUAGUCCAGGUGCUCUGCUGGGUGCCAGCUGCUCCCAGGAGCAAGAGGCAGGCGGAAGUGGACCUGCUGGGCCGAGCACCCUCCUGUGGCCGCAGGGCUUUCUGUGGGGCGCUCCCCUGGGCCAGGACCUGUUGUAGACUCUCUUCAGCAGGAUGGGUGCGGAGCAAGCCCUAACAGGUUUCACACCGAGAAGUUACCUGAGCACAGGAGAGAGCAGAGGCUGGGCUGAUGACAGAAAGGUGUUCAGGCAGCUGCCAUCUUUCUUCACAGUUUUGCUUUUAUUUUUGAGUCUGGGUAUCACCAGGAAGCUCAGGCUGGCCUCAAACUCACAGCAACCUUUCUCUGCCUGGCCUCCCGAGGGCUGGGGUUCCAGGUUUGCUACACCCCUGGAGCCCUGCCCCAAAUAUGAGAAUGACCAUAAUGGGAAAACCAGGAGAAAGAGGAAAGGGGUUUCCCUUUUUGCUGAUAAUCAUAUUGCAAGCAGCAGGGGGAAAGGAACACACACAAAACCUCCGAGGAAUGCAGCUUUUAUUAAUGACUUCUUAGCCCAGAAGGGACAGUGAGACAGUACAGCCACACACAACCCACAGCUGGCGGCCUGGUAAUCUCCCAGAAUAGCUGGCCAAAGAUCGAUGUGAUAAAAUACAGAGACAAUGAUUCAGUCCUGCUUUUUUAAAAGUAUCUGCACAUCACAUCCUCACAGAUAAGACCUCAGAGGCAGGGGCCACCCAGAUGCUUCCAAGAGAGGGCAGACUGAGGGACACACCCCUUGGGCGGAGCAUCCCUGCAGAAAAGCAGGGGACCCUGCCACACCUGACGGCGAGAUGGACGGAAGCACAUGCCAGAGGCGCAGGGCAGCUGCGGGCCUGGGGACAGGAGAGAGGACUGGGUGUCCGCUGGUCCUGAGCUUCAGAGAGACACAGUGAAAAAGCUGCAGAGAUUUCACUACAAUGCGAACAUGAAUAUUUAAACUUUUAAACUGUACACUUAAAUACUCGAGAUGGUAACUUUUAUGGUGCUUUUACAAUUCCUAGAUUAUAACCUCACGCCUUUAGGUACAGUUAGGAAAUAUAUAGUUCUAAUAUAAAAACAAGUGAUCAAAAAGUAAAAACAAAACAUCUUUGAAAGAAUAUUCUCAAGUUCUCUAUAUGUGUGUGUUUGUGUAUAAUUGUACUAAUUUUUUCAUGGUGAUGUGGAUGAAACCCAGGGACUUGUGUACAGUAGGCGAGUGCUCUACCCCAGGCCUGAAGGCAACCUGUCUGUCUGUGUGUGUCUCCUUUCUUCCUCCCUUUCUCCUUCCCUCCCUCCCUUCCUUCCUUCCUUCCUUGUAGGGUCUCACUGUGUAGCCCAGGCUGACAUCGAACUCAUGGGGAUCUUCCAGCCCCAGCCUCCCCAAUGCUGGGAAUACAGGCAUGUGCCACCAUGCCCGAGUAAAGGCAGACUUUAUAAACAAGCCUAACUUUUCAAAUAGCACAGUCUCAUGCUCUGUGUUCAUAGUUAAACAUGUUAACAGAUUGCAGCCGGGCUGAACAUGGGGCGCAUGCUUGUAAUCCCAGCUCUUGGGAGGACUGUCACAGGUUCCAGGCCAGCCAAAGCUAAGUAGUGAGACACUGAGCAAAAAAUACAGGGCAGUGGGAUGCACUGUGCAAAGGUGACUGCUGCCUGAGCCAUGCCCCAGGGGCUCUGGCUCCUGGCCUUCCCACCCUGUGGGGGGCCUGACUCACCCUGACUCACCUGCUGUGACCCCAGCCUGCUCGGCUGCUGCACCCUCACCAUCACCUGGAGUAUCCACUUUCAGGCUCCCUUUCGAGCUCUUUUAGAACUCCUGUCUUCUAAAUUACCAGAGAAACCAGUGGCGGCGGCAGCACUGCCCUGGGAGGAGGCCAGGAUGAACUUGAGUAUUUUACCACCCAGAGCAGCAGAAGGAAAAUGCGCUUGGCACAUUUCUCCUCCGUGCAAGCGACGCAGCGGCACAACAGGUUAAUGCCCCAACCCGCCCUCGCUCCGUGGCCGCUCGUUUUCAUCAGCAAAGCAGGACCUUCAGUGAGCCUGAAGCCAGGCUUGGAACUGGGAAGGAGACCUUGCAUCCCUUGCCCCUGGGAGCCCUAGAGUGCAAAGUGUGUAAGAGAACAAAGCCCUGCAAUUUGGGGGAAGAGUUUUUAGGGGCAGGGCUUGACGUUGUCUUUCUGGCUAAGUUGCUUCUGCUAAAAACACAUUUUAAUCUAUUUUAUCACCUGAUCACAAGCACUUAACAUGCAGAAUUUCUGUGCUGGAGCUCAGCUGGGAGACGAUUGUAGUCAGUAGGGGUGCCACUCUGACUGAGGAGGCUGGGGCAGCGGGAGCCCUAGGAGACAGCAGUCUGUCUGCUCGGCGUCUUCUGUCCGUCCGGGAGCUCCUGGGCGUCAGGAGUGAUGCACGGGCUUAGGUUGGUUCUAGGAUAGGCCCAGGGGCCUGGUUGGAUCUGGGAUCCCUGGGACCAUACCUAGAACAAACCCAAACAGAACCAAACUCCUUGGGAGCGCUGCAGCUCAGGUGGCUUCUGGGCUCUGCACCCCUAUGCGGCUCCAGGUUGCCCAGGGGCAGGACGACCGCUGUGGAGGAGCCAGCCAAGGGGCAGUGGGAACAGAGCGGUGUGAAGGUUGCAGGACGCACUUUGACUGGAAAUGCAGUUCAUUUCCUUAUGAUUUAGCCAGGAAGGACAGCAAAGGAUAUGUCAUUGUUUAGGAUAUCACAAAAGGGUAAAUUCAGAGAAGACACGCUUUAGUAAAGCUCAGCUCAGGAAACAUAAACGUAAACAAGAAUUUUUUUUUUUUUUUAGACAGGAUCUCACUAUGUCAUAUAGGCUGGCCGUGAACUCAUGGCAAUCCUCCUGCCUCAGCCUCCUUGCUAAGGCGUACACCACAUCUGGCAAAAUGAGACAUAGCAUAAAGUAGUGAAUUAUCCCCUACUUUAAGAAACUCUUAAUACAGAAAUCUGAGAGGAAAUAUUUCUACGAGCAUAUCUAUACUAAUUUUUAAAGAGCAUGUAGUUAGAAGUAUCUAUAGUUUGAAUUCUAUUCUAUUACAAUAACAUGUUGCCAAGUGAAUUUUGGAAGUACAGAUAAAACCAGUUUGUUGAUAGGCUGAGCUAGAUUAACAUGCAGAGCAGCUAAAGGUAAGCAUGUGCAUUUUAACUGAUCACACACUGGAAGAGACGAGUGAAGCCACGCGCACCUUCUGGGCUCCUGCUGAGUGUAUGUACCUGUGCUCCUGGGAUCAGCUCAUCCACUUUUGGUUUCUAGCGAUGACCCUUGAGUAGGAUUACUUUCCUCUCGUGAUUAUAUCCAAGAGAAGCUGUCUCCUGGUUCCACCAAGCCAGGCUUAGCCUCAUGACUAUUUCUUCUGUAAUGGUAGCCUCAAGAAACUGAGCCAGGCGUGGUGGUGCAUGCCUGGCAUCUUAGUACCCAGGAGGCUGAGACAGGAGAAUUAAAUGUGAGUUGGAGCUCAGCCUGGACCACAGAGUGAGUUCAGGGAUGUCCUGAAAUACAUGGUGAGACCCUGUCUCAAAAAACCAAAAACAAACUGGUCUGGAUCAUCCACUACUGUAUGAUAUCUCUAUGCAAAUUCGCUUCCACUGUAACUGAAGGCUGAGUCCAGGAGGCAUGGACAUAAGAGAAACAGGCCGAUUUGCCAGUCACUGUAUGCGACAGAGGCAGGAGCAGUCUGUAGCUGAUAAAUUGGUGGAAACACUGCCUGAUGCUAGGAUAUCUAUUUUUAGGCAGAUUCAAAAUUCAUAUGCAAAUUUCAUGUUUUAUUUUUUCAUUCAAGAGAGAAAAAUUAGCAGGGCUUGGUGACACAAGCUAGUAAUCCCAGCACUUGGGAGACUGACGCAGGAGGAUUACCUCAAGUUCAAGGCCAGUCUAGGUUACAUAGUGAGUUCAAGGCCAGCCUGAACUGCAUAUCGAGGCCCUGUCUCAAAAAUCAAAACAGAAGGAGCUGGGGAUUUAGCUCAGCAGCAUAAACGCCUGCUUU